UUGUUUUCUAUAUAAAAAAAAAAGAACAAACCUGGAAAGAAAAAUGUCAGAUUAUGUAUCUGAAGAAUUAGUAGUUGAAAUCUUGAAGAGGCUACCAGUAAAAUCUCUACUGAAAUUUCGAAGUGUUUGCAAAUCAUGGUAUUCUCUAAUCACAAACCCUAAUUUCAUUUCCCUUCAUUUAACUCACACCACUGAAGCCAACAAACCCUACUUGCUUAUCACGAAAAGCUUUAGACCUGACGACCGUGAAUGUCAGCGCUUCGUUUUGCACCGUGAUGAUGCCUCAUUUAGCGAGCAUAAACAACUGGAUUUACAGUUUUUUUACACGGUCCCUAGCGGUUCCAAUCCCGAAAAUUAUUUUUCCAUAAGCGGUUCGUGUAAUGGUUUGGUUUGUUUGUCUGAUUAUAAAUGUAAUCGUCUGAUUGUAUGGAACCCAGCAAUUGGUGAAUAUAUUACGACAUCGAAAUCGAAGUUCGACAUCGUUCUUGGAUUUGGAUUUGAUAGCAAGAACAAUGACUACAAAAUUGUGAAGCUUGCUGAUAAAGGUACGGCUUCUCCACAGGAACUCAUCCAACCAGAUGUUAAGAUUUUCGAACUUAGCUCAAAUUCUUGGAAGAGUAUUACUGUCAAGAAUCUUAGAUAUUCUAUUUUUGCUUCGCCGUUUCGUGUUUAUGUCAACGGUUUUAUUCACUGGUUUGUACGUGGAAACCGCCACGACAGAAAAAUAACCAUAGCAUCAUUUGAUUUGAGCAACGAAACAUUUGGAGAGUGGAUGGUUCCUGAUGCCCUAGCAGCUAAUGAUCAAUUAAGUAACCAUAAUCUUUCUUUAAUAGUGUACCGCCGAUCAUUAACUAUAGUACACUACGAAGAUUUUAAGGGCAUUGAAUAUCGGAAAUGUUCUUUUUGGGUAAUGAAAGAGUACGGAGCACCCGAAUGUUGGACGAAACACUUUACGAUAAAUUUGCAAGGUUAUGAUUUGUUGUUGGUGCAUAACAUUCAAGGGAAUGGUGAGCUUCUUGUUGAAGAAGGUAAUCAUGAGAUGGCUUUUUAUGACCCUGAGACACAAAGGGUCACCCGUCUUGGCUGCCAUGGAUAUAUCCGCCGAGUGCAUUCUUAUACGGAGAGCCUGGUUUUACUCAAGGGAAGGAAACAGAAACAGCAAUAGAAAGAAUUAAAGCAAGUUUAUGGUUUUCUCUUCUGGAUUUGGUUUUCACCAAUUACUGGUUUUGCUCUUCUUUUUUUUGUUAUUGGUUUAUUUGCUCUUUAAUUUAACUAGGAAGCUUGUUUUUUGGGGUUAAUUUUGGUGUUGGUCUAGUUUAUCAAGUUUAAAUGAAAUUAGUUUUUUUGGUUU